AGUCCGUCGCUCGCACGACUGUGCCGUGUACGUGUGUUGUUGAAGCAAAAGUUUAAUCGUGCUCUCGUCUAAUCGUGUUCAAACUUAGUGCAUUUGAGUUCUUAGUGUAUUGGAUGAUUGCAGUGUUUGUAACGUUCAUCGAUGAUGAAAGUGUGUUUCAAGUGACAAACUAACCAUUGGUACAGCUUGAAAAAGUCGGGCCGAUGGUCCUCUUGAAUAGUAACAUGAAAAUAAAUGGUUUCCGCUAAACCUUCGGCAACAAACUCAAAAUGACGAUAGAUCGGGCCGGUAGACCGCCUGCACCACGAAGAGUAGCUUCUACUUACCGAAGCUAUGAUGAACUCGGUAUUAUCGAUAGAAACAAACCGUUAAGAUACCGUCAUGGAGCUGUCGAAGAUUUGACAGGAAUAGAACAGUCGAGAACGUACCGAUCUUACGAAUCUCGACACUUAGAUGACAUAACAGUUAUUAGUUCAGAAGAUAUUAAACCGAAACGGAAAACGAUGGAAGGCCUAGCCAAUGGGUUUCGAAGAACUUUUUCUGUUAGAAGCAAACGAGAGGAACCUGAGGUGAUUCCAUUGGACACUUAUAGUGUAACUUGUGAAGAGAACUUUGCUACAGUUAGGGGUGCACCAUUUGGUAGGCGUAGAUCAUUGUCUCGUGACAGAGGAUCUUUAUUAGCUAGGAGCUCUUCAGAAGGAGAUGUCAGGAUGCCAUUGCCCCGAGCUCCGUCGGCUCCGACGCCGCGCCUUCACCGAUGCCUCCGAGCACUCGGUGGCAGCUGGAAGAACCUUUUACUAUUGGGCGGAAUGUCACGCGGCGGCAGCGGCGCCGGCAAGACUGCGACUGCGAAGCGCGUGCCGCCGCCCGCCGUACCAGGGGACGCGUUUGGGACUCCUCAGCACCGCCACUCGGGCUCCAGUUUCGGCUCGCAGGGUUACGCGUCGUGCGAGGAGCAACCGUACCCGCAACCGCCAGAUACUCCAUCACAUACUAGAGAUGAUCACUCGGACUAUGGCAGCACAGUUUCUGGCGUGUCUGGUGUCAGCGGUGCCAGCGGGAGUAUGGGCAAGAGUCCCGCUGGUGGUGGCACGUUUACUUUCCCCCCACCCUCGCAGCCGCUCACACAUAAAGCUGCUGUCUAUUACCACCACCAGCUAGCACUCAGCGACGACCAGGGCAUCGAUAUGACACAGAGUCCCGGUCGUGACAGUCCAGGGUCCUCAUCAGGGUCAGCGGGGUCAGGGUCCCGGCACUCGUCAGCAUCUCUAGACAGCGGGCGGGCGUCAGGGCGUGUGCCGCACCACCACCACGCCUCCUGUCAUUGUGGUGAUACUGUCGACCGCGUCCGCGCCAUGAUCACGCAAGGGCUUCCAGACUCAGAUAUAAUUCACGCGUGGCUAGCAGACCUUCAGAUGGAAGAAUACGCCCGUCUAUUCGUGGAGGCUGGUUAUGACCUGCCCACUGUUACGCGGAUGACACCUGAAGACCUCACCGCAGUAGGCAUCAAGAAACCAAAUCACCGCAAACGACUCAAAGCGGAACUCGCUAAUCUUAACGUGCCAGAUAACCUGCCCGACUAUAUACCGGGUUCCUUAGAAGAAUGGCUUCGGUUACUGAGACUAGAGGAAUAUGGACCGGCGCUAGUUGCGCAGGGAUAUCGCACUGUACAUGACGUCACACAAUUAGCUUGGGAGGACUUAGAAGAUAUGGGUAUUGUACGUCUCGGUCAUCAAAAGAAAAUACUCCUGGCCAUAAAAAGAGUGAAAGACAUUAGAGCAGGAAAGAGAAGUAUCAGCAAUCAGGGCUCGCUUGACUUCACGAGGAUACAACCUGGACAGAUACGUCAUCCGCGCGGGAAAUCAUUGGAGAGUUUGGAAGAUCCAUCGGAGAGGUCGUCCCACACGACUUUCUCGCCGGAAGCCGGUUUCUACUACGGCGGUGGACAGUGGCGGAGAUCAUACGAUGAUGGAGAUAUAACGCCCACUAACGAUAGUUCGUACGAAGGCGGCGGUACUCUGCCUCGGCCUCGUGGGCUAGUGAGACCUCGCCCGGUGGCGAAGAUAGCAGCUACGCCCGCUUAUAGGGAUAAAUCGCCAGAUUACGCGUACGACGAGAUAGCGUACUCAGCGCGUCUCCAACGCGUCGCGUACGGAGCCAGUCCGCACGUCGCUAGGAAACCUCCCCCGGAACCGCCCAAACGGCAGAGCUCGCAGUACGCGGCGUUCACCCGCUUCGGUCAGACUACAGUUGAGAUCCACCCGGAGAAGAGUCUCCCGCUGAGCCUGCCCGCGUACCCAAGCUCCGACUCGUUGUCCGUCUCGUUGGACAGCACGGGCCUCCUCCCCCCACCCCCCGCGCCCGACUCUCCCCCUAGGAGGUACGAAGAUGAUAAGCUGAGAACCGGCUCCGAUGCUAGUUUCAAGUCGAAUUCGAGCACCGAAUCGGACAGCAUCCCGUUCGCGAACGAAAACGCGGGCACGAUAAAACAGAACAGGGGGCAAAUAGGCGGGCGGGGGCACGUCAGCGUAGAGUACGCCCCACGCGCCGCCCCCAUCCCCCGCGCCGACGCUAAACCCCCCACCCCCCACCACGACAAAAGCACCGAGCCAGUGGACGUGCUCAACGACAUCGGCAACAUGCUCGCCAACCUCACCGAUGAAUUAGACGCGAUGCUCGAAGAAGAAAAACGUCAGGGCCUCGCCGAUUCCUAAGACUAGACCUGAAAAUAUUUUUUUAAAAAUGGAACUUCGGUUUUCGAAUUCGCCGGCCGCCCCGGUGAAAUUCCAAAGAAUGUGUCUCGUUGUUACGAAUGACGGAGAAAACUUCGCUGGGUUUGAAUAAAGAAUAGGGGAAAUAAAGAUUCAGCUAGACGUUAAAAAAAAUUUAAUUGAAAGAACGUGUCUUCAAUAUCACUUCUGAUGCAUUUUUUAGUUAGUAUUACAAUCGGAAAUGUAUGCAUCGUACCUACGAAGGACGUAGAUAUAUAAAUAAAUCAGAAUAAUGCAAAUAAAUAACUAGUUUUUUGCGUUAUUUCAAUUACACGUGCUUAAAUUGUAGAAGCCAAACAUUUGAAUGAAAGUUGAAUCUAAAGAGACCGUCGAAAAGGACAAACUUUUAUUAAGUCGACAAUCCCGCUCGCUUAGCACGGUUAUUUCGUUACUAAUCUCCAUCGCAUCCUGCCAUUGUCAGCAAUUACAUAUAUAUCUUAUCCGCUGGAUAAAACACUGUAAUAUAAUAAUAGUUUUCUAUCUACGUAGCAUUUGUACCUUUGUAGCAUAUUUUAUACAUGCCCAUUCGAUGUAAUUUUGUUUUAUUGACAUCAAUAAUACUUUUAAGCCUUAACAAUGUUUUUUGUUAUCUUUAUUUAGACUCAUAUUGUUUUUAAUGAUAUUUCAGUUCCUGGCAUUAUGUUUUUUAUUAUGUUAUCGAAAUUAUGUAUUUUUUUUAUUGUAGUUGUAUCCAAAAGUAAUGAGAAUGGCUAUUUUUGUAAAUAUUGUUUUACUUAAAUUAUGUCAUAGGUAAAAUAUAUCCCAGUAGCUAGUUUUCCAUGUACAAUAAUAAAAUUGUAGAUUACUCGUUCGAUAGUAGAAUUGAGUAGUUAGAAUUUAUACAAAGUAAUAGUCUAGAUAUAGUGUGAAAAUUUAAAGGGUUUAAUGUAUAGACAUUUGAAUAGUGAUAGACUUUAUAGAUAUUGUAUGUUAACGUUCUUUUAUUGCAUUAAGGACAUGCCGGUUGCCAUUUUAUGCUUACACGGCAUAAAAAAGCCAAUAAAGCUUUUGCAACACUCAAAUGUGAGAAAAAACUAAUGAAUAUUUUACACCUUAUAAUUACACGCUCUCUUUAAGCGAUCGUGUGCAAUAAUUUCAAUCUUAAUCGACCUUUAUAUCACAACUCUGUUAUAGUCUUCUGAUUUUACUCAAUUACAAUGAUUUUAAUAGUCAUAAAUGAUUCUGUUUCCUCAAUUUAAAGCUCAAAAAGAGUUAUUAAACUCAUAACGUGAUAUUUAAAGGCCAUAACAUUAUUAACACAAACAAAACAGUUAUUUUUAAUUAAAAUGAGUUAUAAUUACACCUGUAUUACUUCACAAAGGAAAUAAGACAUCAUUAGGAUCCAGGAAAAUAAAUAAUAAAGGCCUACUCUACAUUAAAAAAGUGUCAUUUGAAAUUUUGUUUAAUAUUCCUGGAGACUUGAUGAGGCAGACAUUUCCGUGCAUUGUAUAGCUUAGGAGCCGUCAAUUAAUCACGUGAUGUUUUUUUCAACUCUUUAUAACCACCCCUCCCCCUUGGUGAUAUAUGGUGAGGUUUAAGACUACCCUCAUCCCCUCCACCCAAAUCACGUGUAUUUUUUAGUAUAUAGAAAAAAAAACUUAAUUUUUGACGCCGCUUUUCAGAUUAAUAAUCGCACAUUUGAAGAAAAAAUGCAUGUACACGAUAUAUUACUACACCCCCCUCCCUCGACUUUAGAGCCUCACGAGAUUAAUGAACGGCCCCUUAUGAUGCGUAUAAAAUCGAAAAAGAAAUUAUUUAUUUUUCAUAAAUGUAGAGUACUCCUUCAUGAACCGUCAUGGUCCUAGGCCGAACACGCACUUUAAUAAUUCAACUCCAUUCGCUGCAAGUUGAAAUUGCGUCGGUUGUUCUUAUUUUGAUUCUGAUAAUAGACAAUAAAUUACGUUUGAAUCAAGAAGUUUAUAGUGGUAUAUAGUCGACUCUAUUAGUGGUCCAUUUUAUGGGAUCGCUUUCUAAAAGUAUGUUGCGACCACAAUUUUUUUACAGUGAAAUAAACAAUAUUAAGUGAUCAUAUAUAGUUGAACUAACAUGUUUAUAAAUACAAUGCUAAAUAUGAACUAAGCUUUCGUACGCACUGAAUUUUUUACAGUCAUUUGAUAACGAAUAGUAGCUUUUUAUAUACUCGUAACAGAAUUGGAAAAUAACCGGGAAGGAGAAAAAUUAUCUCCAUUUUAAUUAGCCAACAUUUAUGGGAAAAAUAUAUACAAUCAGCUGUUUCAUCUUCUUUAUGGUCUAAAUAAAAAAAAGUGGUAUGAAAAGCCGUCACUCUGUAGUUAUUAAGCAAGCACAUACUUAUGAAAUCUAUUUAAAACGACUUUUUUCUCUUGUAUUAUCUUAAGUGUGUGCUCGUCCUAUUGUAAAGCUAGAAAGGUGCUAGACUUAAAUUGUAAAAAAAAACAAAACAAGAAGCUGAAAGUUAUCAUUUGUUUUAUUGUAGGAUUUGAAUACAUACCUGUCUAUCAAAGAUUGUAGGUAUUUUAUUUGUUCUACGAACUAGUCAAAAUUAUUAUUCGAGUGGCGGCACAGCUGUGAAAAAUAAUGUAAUUAUGUUUGUAUAUUAAUUAUAAAUGACAGCUUAUCUUCCUUAUUUUAUAAUUCAGUUCAUAAUUUGAAUAAAUAUAUUUGU